AUGAACCAUAACGUCUAUAUUCAGGAUGGAUGGUGGCCUCUUUUUCUAGUUUUGUUUCUACAAAAUUUCACUCUGUUCUUACAAGUCUCACCAGCCUCACCAGCCUCACCAGCCUCACAAGCCUCACCAGCUUUACCAGCCUCACCAGCUUUACCAGCCUCACCAGCCUCACAAGCCUCACCUGCUUUACCAGCCUCACCAGCCUCACAUGCCUCACCAGCUUUACCAGCCUCACCAGCUUCACCAGCCUCACCAGCUUUACCAGCCUCACCAGCCUCAUCAGCUUUACCAGCCUCACCAGCUUUACCAGCCUCACAAGCCUUACCAGCCUCACCAGCCUCACCAUCUUUACCAGCCUCACCAGCCUCACUAGCCUCAUAAGCUUUUGUAGCCUCACAAGCCUCACCAGCCUUACCAACCUCCUCUACUUUACCAGCCAUACUAGUCUAUCAGCCUCUGCUUCUUCACCACCUUAAUAGCCUCUACUGCCUCACCAGCUUUACUAGCCUCAUAAGCCUCACCAGCUUUACCAGCCUUAUAAGCUUUACCAGCCUCACCAGCUUUACCAGCCUCACCAACCUCACCAGUCUUACCAGCUUUACCAGCCUCACCAGCCUCACAAGCUUCACCAGCUUCACCAGCUUUACCAGCCUCACCAGCCUCACCAGCUUUACCAGCCUCACAAGCUUCACCAGCUUUACUAACCUCACCAGCUUUACCAGCCUCACCAACCUCACCAGCCUUACCAGCCUCACCAGCUUUACCAGCCUCACCAGCCUCACCAGCUUUACCAGCUUUAACAGCCUCACCAGCCUCACCAGCUUUACCAGCUUUACCAGCCUCACCAGCCUUACCAGCCUUACCAAUCUCACCAGCUUUACCAGUCUCACCAAUCUCACCAGCUUUACCAGCUUUACCAGCAUCACCAGCCUUACCAGCUUUACCAGCCUUACCAGCUUUACCAGCCUCACCAGCCUCACCAGCUUUACCAGCCUUACCAGCUUUACCAGCCUCACCAGCCUCACCAGCUUUACCAUCCUCACCAGCUUUACCAGCCUCACCAGCCUCACCAGCUUUACCAGUCUCACCAGCCUCACCAGCUUUACUAGCCUUACCAGCCUCACCAUCCUUACCAGUCUCACCAGCUUUACCAGCCUUACCAGCCUCACCAGCUUUACUAGCCUCACCAGCUUUACCAGUCUCACCAGCUUUACCAGUCUCACCAACUUUACCAGCCUUACAAGCCUCACUAGCCUCACCAGCUUUACCAGCCUCACAAGCCUCACCAGCUUUACCAGGCUCACCAGCCUCACAAGCUUUACCAGCCUCACCAGCCUCACAAGCUUUACCAGCCUCACCAGCUUUACCAGCCUCACAAGCUUUACCAGCCUCACCAGCCUCACAACCUUUACCAGCCUCACCUCUUCCAUCAGCCUCGCCAGCUUUACUAGCCUCAUCAACCUCACCAGCUUUGCCAGCUUCACAAGCCUCACCAGCUUUACCAGCCUCACUAGCCUCAUAAGCUUUUGUAGCCUCACAAACCUUACCAGCCUCACCAGCCUCCUCUACUUUACCAGCCAUACUAGUCUAACAGCCUCUGCUUCUUCAACAGCCUUACCAGCCUCUACUGAUUCACCAGCCUUACCACCCUCUACUGCUUCACCAGCCUUACCAGCCUCUACUGCUUCACCAGCUUUACCAGCCUCACAAGCCUCACCAGCUUUACCAGCCUCACCAGCUUACCCAGCCUCACAAGCUUUACUAGCCUCUCCAGCUUUACUAGCAUCACCAGCCUCACCAGCUUUACCAGCCUCACCAGCUUUACCAGCCUCACCAGCCUCACAAUCCUCACCAGCUUUACCAGCCUCACAAGCCUCACCAGCUUUACCAGCCUCACCAGCUUUACCAGCCUCAUCAGCCUCACAAGCCUCACCAGCUUUACCAGCCUUACCAGCCUCACAAGCCUCCCCAGCUUUACCAGCCUCACCAGCUUUACCAGCCUUACCAGCCUCACCAGCUUUACCAGCCUUCCAACCUCACCAGCUUUACCAGCCUCCCCAGCCUCACCAGCUUUACCAGCCUCACAAGCCUCACCAGCUUUACCAGCCUCACCAGCCUCACCAGCUUUACCAGCCUCACAAGCCUUACCAGCCUCACCAGCCUCAUUAUCUUUACCAGCCUUACCAACCUUCUCUACUUUAUCAGCCAUACUAG